AUGAAUGCAUGCAUUCCACUGGACUGUUCCAGCGCUUCGUGUGCAUCGCUAGAUGCGCUGAACACUCGAACGCCAUGGACCUCGCUCCGCUCUCUAUAUAUAGAGGGAAGGCCUUCAGUCUACUUCUCGGGAUAUACCACUGAACGUCCAAGAAGAGUACUGAUCGAUCAGCAACUCGAUCGUUCUCAGAGAGAGAUGGGCGGCAAGGGCGGCAGCGGCGGGGGUGGUGGCAAGGGCGGAGGUGGCGGUGGCAAGAGCGGCGGCGGGGGUGGUGGCAAGGGCGGAGGAGGUGGCAAGGGCGGAGGAGGUGUUGGUGGCAAGACCGGCGGCGGCAAGUCAGCAGGCGGCGGCGGUGGGGGCUAUGGUGGUGCAGGGAAGUCAGGCUCCGGCGGCAGUGGCGGCGACGGAAUGAUGAAGGCGCCCGGCGGCGGCGGCGAGUACAUCUCCCGCUCCGUCUUCGAGGCCAGCCCGCAGGAGUUCUUCCAUGGCCUCCACCAGGGAGGAGGCAACAACAAGUAGAUCCAUCUAGCUAGACUGCUGCUGCUACUUCACAAGCUUGGGACGAUGUGUGAUGAUGCAUGCUUGGACUGUCAUCAGUCUCUAUGUAGCUUCUGAAUAAAAUAAAAUGUAACGAUGCUCGAUUGGGUUUCA